UCCACCCACAACUUGGACAGAAUUGGGUUGAUUCGGGUUUGGCUGUCUAUGGAAGCAGAUCAACAACAACAACAACAACAACAACAGGCUAUGGAAAGGAGAGUCUUCAAACCUUUCUUUUGUUAUAGUUGCCAACACACAGUUCAUAUACAAGUUCCAGAAGUAGAGGAAUCUACUUAUGAACCACAGUGUUCCGAAUGCGGCUCUUCCUUUGUUGAAGAAGUACCCAUUUCAAGGCUGGAGAGUGUCGAAGAGAGUAUUAGCCCCACAACGGGAAACGAAUGGUAUGGGAGUAAUGGAAACGUGGAGGUUAUAUCGCUUGGUGAAGAUGGAGAGCCUAUAAGAUUCUCUUUCCGACUAGGUGGGGAUGUCGGAAACUUUAUAGGUUCUUCGACCGAGGACUCGGAACAGGUUCAGGAAAAUGAAACUUACCUGACAAAUAACCGGUCUACGGGGAUUUCUGACUUUUUACAAAGUUUCUUUGUACCUCGAGGGAAUAUGACAAGAUUUCAAGCACCACCGCCAGCACCCCCAUUGCCAGUGUGGAGAACACCUCAAGAAAGUGACUCCCAAAUAGGAGAAGAGAUUACAGAAAACCACGAACAAGCUCAGAAUUUCACUCAGGAGGAGGAACAAAGGAGAGUUAGAAGGAGGAGAAUUCCUCCUUUUGUAGCAGCGGGGCCUUUCUUUUUGGAUGGAAACUCUUCCGACGUACCUGGUGAUUUUUCGACUUUUAUGCAGCAGAUUUUAGGAAUUUAUGGGAAUCCGGCAGAUUAUGUAAUUGGUGAACAAGGAUUUGAGGCGAUAUUGGCACGUCUGAUGCAAGAAGAUAGUAAUCGAUAUGGUAACCCACCUGCUUCCAAAGAGAUUGUUGCUUCGUUACCAGUCGUACAUUUGUCUGCAGAAGAAGCAGCGCAUCAUUCCGAAUGUUCUGUCUGUAAAGAAGCCUUUGCGGAGAAUAGUGAAGUUGUUCGAUUGCCUUGCAAACAUGUGUUUUGUAAGGACUGCAUUUAUCCGUGGUUAGAACGUCAUAAUACUUGUCCAAGUUGUCGUUAUGAGCUACCAACGGAUGAUUCGGAAUAUGAAAAGAGAAAAUUUUCUCAAAGUUCAAGUACUCAUGGAUAAAAUGUAAGAAGAUUGUUCUCGUACAUAAGUAGUUGCUAUUUACUAUUAUAGCAACACUUGGUAUAAAUGCAUUGUAUACAUU